CGCACGGUUACCAUAGGAACCAUCGGCCUCAACGCAGCACGGACAUUGAUAUUGACUUACGUCAAUAAGCCCCGCCUUCAUGUUGCUAUGGUGGAAAAAGUCCUGGUUACUGUGUCUUAACCUCUUGUGUUCCUCCGCCCCGCCAUGGAGUGCCCGCACCUUACCGCGAGUGUCUGCAUUGCCCCGGACUCUGCCGCGUUCCCUAGCGGCUGCCCCUCCUCGUGGUGCUGCAGCGUUUGUCGUUCUAAUAAAAGCCCAUGGGUCUGUCUGACUUGUUCCAGUGUCCACUGUGGACGAUAUGUGAAUGGUCAUGCAAAGAAACAUUACGAGGAAGCGCAGAUACCUGUUCCCAAUUACAAGCAACAUGAAAAGUUGGAGAAAGAGAAAACCCAGCACACAGUGUGUAUGGACUGCAGCAGCUACAGCACGUAUUGUUAUCGUUGUGAUGAUUUUGUGGUUAAUGACACAAAGUUAUGUCUAGUGCAGAAAGUUCGGGAACACUUGCAAAACUUGGAAAAUUCUGCUUUCACAGUAGAAAGGCACAGAAAAAGAAAGUUUUUGGAUAACCCUUCCCUGAAUAAGAAAAUGCUCAAAAUGAAUGGAAGUACCUCUGCAGUGUGUGCCACUGGUCUACAAAAUCUGGGGAAUACCUGUUUUAUGAAUGCAAUACUACAGUCACUCAGCAACAUUCAACAGUUUAGCUGCUAUUUCAAAGAGCUGCCUGCAGUAGAACUGAGGAAUGGGAAAACCGCUGGUCGCCGGACCUAUCACACAAGGAGUCAAGGAGAAGUUAAUGUGUCAUUGGUUGAAGAGUUUAGGAAGACUUUGUGUGCAUUGUGGCAGGGUAGCCAGACUGCAUUUAGUCCAGAAUCCUUAUUCUACGUCAUAUGGAAAAUCAUGCCAAGCUUCAGGGGCUACCAGCAGCAAGAUGCCCAUGAAUUCAUGCGGUAUUUGUUGGAUCAUUUGCAUCUAGAACUUCAGGGGGACUCUCAUGGAUCUAGGCAAUGUCUAAUGCCACAGGAAACCUCGAACCGUUCCUCAAACAGCAAAUGUUGUAUCAAUGGAGCAAACUCAGUGGUAACAUCUGUAUUUGGGGGUGUACUGCAGAAUGAAGUCAACUGCCUAAUUUGUGGAACAGAAUCUAGGAAAUUUGACCCAUUUCUAGAUCUCUCUUUAGACAUUCCCAGUCAUUUCCGUAACAAACGAAAGAACCAAGAUAAUGGACCAACAUGCACUCUCCGAGAUUGCCUUCGCAGCUUCACAGACCUUGAAGAGUUGGAUGAGACAGAGCUCUACAUGUGCCUGAAAUGUAAAAAGAAACAGAAAUCCACCAAAAAAUUUUGGAUUCAGAAACUACCAAAGGUACUUUGCUUACAUUUGAAAAGAUUCCAUUGGACUGCUUAUCUUAGGAAUAAGGUGGACACGUAUGUAGAGUUUCCCCUGCGAGGAUUGGACAUGAAGUGUUUUUUGCUGGAGCCAGAAAAUAUGGGCCCAGAAAGCUGUCUUUAUGAUCUAGCUGCUGUUGUUGUUCAUCAUGGUUCAGGUGUUGGCUCUGGUCACUACACAGCCUAUGCAACCCAUGAAGGACGCUGGUUCCAUUUCAACGACAGUACAGUAACCCUUACAGAGGAGGAGACGGUGAUGAAGGCAAAAGCCUAUAUUUUGUUCUAUGUGGAACGUCCAGUCUCAACCAUUUCAGAAAAACUUUAAAUACCUCUCUUUGUUCCCUCGAACUGCCCAUCCCUCCACUAAUACUUGAUUGAAAAAUGUUUUAAUUCAUGCACUUUCACAGCUCUUUGUCUGGCUGUUAUUGGUGGAGUAAGCUGUUCUGACAGAACUUGAUUGACCCUCUUUCCCCGUGCUGCCAAAGAGGCCUGCAGUUUUCUCUUUACAUUGUAGACCUCCUCCAAAACAAAUUAAGAUGCAAUCACUAUAUGCUCGGACAUUUAAAUUAGUAAAAACCUGGUGUUCAAUGGAAUCACAUAAGGCUUUCAGAGGUUCAAGCUGUAGUAACGUUCCAAAUCUCCACUGCCUUUCUGGCUGGUCUUAAGCAAAGGCCCAGAAGUGUUUUACUUUGACUAAUAUACAUGUAAACAGCUUUUAAAAGCUGGCUGGUAAAAUCUGUAAUCCGAUUUUAAUAUAGCAGAGUCCUGCACAAUAAUUUGGAUACCCCUGAGCAGUUAAGCUAUGUAGUCUUGACCGCCUCCCCUUACAAAUAUAUACUGCCUGUUUGAGGGGGUGACCACCCAAAGCUGAUAAAGUAUAUUUACAGUGUUCCUUUAAAUGUUUGGCAGAUGUUUAAUUACUUCAGCCACCAGUCUUUGACUUACUAGUUGCUUAUGUAUUAGGGCUCAUUCACACUACCUUUAUGUCAUACAGGGACCGGAUCUGGUUGGGAAAAGUGCAAACCGUGUGCUCCCGUAUCCCAGCCGGAAAAUCGGAUACGGGUCAGAGUGACUAUCUGACUCUAGUCGGCUCAUUUAAAUGAAUGAAAUGCGGGCUGGUCCGGCUUGGAUACGGGAGCGCCCCGUUUGCACAUUUCCCAACUGGAACCGGUCCCUUUAUGACAUAAACGUAGUGUGAACCCAACCUAACUCUAAAGUGGGAUAGCACAGUCCUGCCUGAUGAUUGUCAGCUUGUCUUGCAGAUUAGGUGGGCCUAUCUGAUUAUCAGGGGGCUAACUAAUGAUCCUGGCGGUGCCUUUCAUCAAGGUGCCUGAACCGAAGAUCUGAUCCUUAAAGGAGUAUUCCGGGCAAAAACAUUUUAUCCCCUAUCCAAAGGAUGGGGGGGGGAUAUGAUGUCUGAUCGCGGGGGAGCCCACCGCUGGGACCUCUGCGAUCUCCCUGCAGCACCCGCAUUCUAUGCGUGAGCUGCGUCUACAGUUUCGGAAACCUUUGGGUUUCCGUGACUGGGGACGUGACGUCACGCCACGCACCCUCCAUUCAUGUCUAUGGGAGGGGGCGUGCUGCAGGGAGCUUGCGGGGGGGUCCCAGCGGCGGGCCCCCUUGAUCAGACAUCUUAUCCCCUAUCCUUUGGAUAGGGGAUAAAAAAAUUUGCCCCGAAUACCCCUUUAAUGCAAGAGUUCUCCAUUCUUCUGUUGUCUUGCCUUGUAGAUGUCUUUAUACACAUUCAUUUGAAUGAUUUUAUACUUUAAAAUGGCGUCCAUUUCAUUCUAUUUCAAAACUACCAUCACAUUCCUUUUAUUGAGCUUUUCAAUUAUAGAUGGUAUAUUGUUUAAUUGAAAUAUCAUGCUGUUUUGUUCAGCAGUCAAUAUAAAACUUCAUACAGCAA